CCACAGGAGCAGCUGCCGGAGCUGAACGUGCACUUCCGCUCUCAGAGUUUCCACACCUCCAUGUAUGCCUCGUCCUGGUUCCUCACGCUGUUCCUCACCUUCCUCCCGCUGCCCGUGGCCACGCGUGUCUUCGACAUCUUCAUGUACGAGGGACUGGAGAUCAUAUUCCGAGUGGGCAUGGCCAUCCUACAGUACAACCAGACUGACCUCAUCCAGCUGGACAUGGAGGCCAUGUCGCAGUACUUCCAGAAGGUGAUACCGCACCAGUUCGACAGCUGUCCUGACAAACUCAUCCUGAGGGCCUACCAGGUCAAAUACAACCCAAAGAAGAUGAAGAAGUUGGAGAAGGACUACACCACCAUAAAGAAUAAGGAGAUGGAGGAGCAGAUUGAAAUCAAGAGGCUGCGUACUGAGAACAGGCUGUUGAAACAGAGAAUUGAAACCCUUGAGAAGGAAAGUGCGGCUCUGGCCGACAGACUGAUCCAGGGUCAGGUGACCCGGGCGCAGGAGGCCGAGGAGAACUACGUGACCAAACGCGAGCUGGCCCUGGCGCGGCAGCAGUGCAGCAGUACCGCCGUCAGCCUGCAGAGGGCGCAGGACACCAUCCGAGAGCUGCAGCGGCACCAGUACACACAGGGGUUUGUGAGCGGUCUGCAGAUGCAGCUGGAGCAGUCUCGGUUGCAGGAGGCCGAGCUGCUCUGUGCUCUGAAGGAGAUGCAGGACAAGGUCCUGGAGCUGGAGAAGCGGAACAGCUCGUUGCCGGAUGAGACCAACGUGGUGCAGCUUCAGGAUGAGCUGAAGCUGGUUAAACUGAGGGAGCAGCAGACUCUCCAGGCCUUCAAAGAGAUGAGAGACAGCGUGACCGACCUCAACCAGCGCUGGCAGCACCAUGUGACCCGGGGGGGCGGGCACUGGAAGGAGUCCCCAAAGAAGAACGCCCUGAACGAGCUGCAGGACAAGCUGAUGGGCAUGCGUCUGAGAGAGGCCCAGGCCCAGGCCCAGCUCCGCGAGCUCAAACUCACCGUCCUGCAGCUGGAGAGCCAGAACCAGAUCCACAGAAACCUGGUGCACCGGCAGGAGCAGGAGAGUGUCGCCCUGCAGGACAGGCUGCAGUGCAUCAUGGGACAGAACAGGGGCCUGCAGGCACAGCUCAGCGAGAUGAAGAGGAAGCAGACCGAGUCCGACUGCAAGAGUAAAGAGGAAGUGAUGGCAGUUAGGUUGCGGGAAGCAGAUAGUAUGGCGGCGAUGGCAGAACUGAGGCAGAGGAUGGCCGACCUGGAGAUUCAGAACGAGGAGGGGCGGAUCCAGGGCCAGCUCAACCACUCAGACUCCAGCCAAUACAUCACCCGGCUGAGGGAGCAGAUCGCUGAGCUCAAAGCCGAGAUCAGGCAGCUGCGCAGACAGCCCCAGGCCCCGGGUCCCGGGGUCCUCCAGAGCCUGUGCCUGUCCAGCCCAGAGGCGGAUUACCUCAGCUCCGAAGACGACGACGACGACGACCUGCUGCCCAGCCCCCUCCCCGCCCCCGCGCUGUACCCCUCGCUGGCCCCGCCCCUCCGCCCCGCCCCCGCGCUGUACCCCGCGCUGGCCCCGCCCCUCCGCCCCGCCCCGGACAGCGAGGGCACCACCGACAGCGAUGGGGAAGAAGGGGGCGGAGCCUCCCGAGUCCCGCCCCCUCCGCAGCUCUUCCCCAGCAUGCUAUUUCCCAGCAUGCCUCGCUCCUUCCUGGUCAAGAGUAAAAGGGGCGGGGCUCACACGUCGCGCACCGCAGGGGACAGCAGCCUCUCUGGCUCCGCCCAAUCACAGAGGCCCUUCCUGUCACCACGGCGAUGUUCACUCCGGAGCCCCGCCCCUGAAGUUAACAGCCCCACCUACACUGCCAACCCCGCGGAAGGCGUUACAGAGACAACGGUUACCGGAACAACAGUUGCCAGGACAGCGGUUACCAGGACAACGGUCGCCCCAUCCACAGCACAGUUGAGCCCUGGACUGCCCUCACCCUUCAGUCCCCCGCACGUUAACCAGUGCACACACUGGCCAGACCGCCCCUGGCCGACGGGCUGCCCAGCAGACGCGCCCUGGCCCCCGCCCCGCUGGGCUGUGCUGUGCGCGGGGAACCCAGAGAGGCAGCGCGAGCUGGAGGAGUUCCUGCACGGCCUCCUGAGCCGCAGGCAGAGGGCGCCAGAGAGCAGCGAGCCCGUCAGCCAUCAGCUCAGUCCCGCAGAGUGCCCCCAGUGCGAGAGAGUGUUCUCACCUGUGCCCUGCCUGGAGACUUGCUCACAGAGGUCACAUGUCAGCAGACGCCCUGUCCCACUGGUCACGUACAGCGACCAAUCAUACGUGUUCAGGCCGGAUCUGGGUCUGCACUGCAAGAUGAAGGAGCGUAUUUUCAUCUGCAAGGUGUGCGGAAAGACCUUUAAACGCUCCUCCACCCUCGCCACCCACCUGCUCAUCCACUCAAACACCAGGCCCUACCCCUGCCAGUACUGCGGCAAGAGGUUCCACCAGAAGUCUGACAUGAAGAAGCACACCUUCGUGCACACAGGAGAGAAGCCCCACGUGUGCAAGGUCUGCGGAAAAGCCUUCAGCCAGAGCUCAAACCUCAUCACACACACCCGCAAACACAGCGGGUACCGGCCCUUCACCUGCCCCCGCUGCCAGGGUGGCUUCCUGCGCAGAGUGGACCUGCGGCGCCACCUAGAGUUGGAGUGUGGGAACAGCGCCCUCUUCAGCCAGAGCUGAGCCCAGAUAUCUGCCCUGUGGGAACAGCGCCCUCUACAGCCAGAGCCCAGAUAUCUGCCCUGUGGGACAGCGCCCUCUACAGCCAGAGCUGAGCCCAGAUAUCUACCCUGUGGGACAGAGCCCUCUACAGCUAGAGCUGAGCCCAGAUAUCUGCCCUGUGGGACAGCGCCCUCUACAGCCAGAGCCC